AUGUUUAUAAAAUCGUUUAAAGUAAAAUCUAACAAUCAAUUGAAAGGAACAGAAAGGAAAAAAUUAUGUGAAGAAAUUUCAGCAAUAUAUCCCACGUUGACAGAUGAAGAGACACAAACGUUAAUUCCUAAAAAAGAGGCAAUAAGUGUUAUGAAAAUUGCAACUCACAAUGGUCACUUAGGAAAAAUUUAUUGUGUAGCUAAAAUACCUAUGUUUUUUGAACUUGAAUCUUUACAUCAAGCAUUAUUACCUACCAUAUAUACUUUAUGGCAUCACCCAAAUUUAUUAAAGACUUUUACAACAUAUCCCCCAGUUAUAUCAAAAUUAAUAGGUGGUGCAGAUUUAAUGUUGCCUGGUGUCUAUUUGAAAGAACCUGUGACAUUAUAUUCUUUUGGCAAAUUACAAAAGGGUACACCUGUUUCAAUAAAUACAGAAGAUAAUAAGGCACCAGUUGCUGUUGGUUUUACUGCACUUUCCAGUGAAGAUAUGUAUAUGUCUGGAGGUCAUGGAAAAUGUGUAGAAAUUCUACAUGUAAUAGGUGAUACAUUGUGUCAACUUGGAAAACCUCCUUUAAGGCCAAAUUUAGGACCACCAAAUAUUGAUAUUGAUAGUGAUAAGAUAAAAACUAUAGAUGAAAUAACUGAUCAGAAAAAUGAGAAUAAUGAAGAAUCACUUAUUGAGACAAUCAAUAAUUUAGAUGUGAAUAAUGAUUUAAUAUCAGAAACUGAAACUCUUGAGGAAGAAAACAAAAUGGAAGAAUCUCCUAAAAUUAAAACUAUAGCUACUGAUGAAAUAGAAAUAACUAUGGAUCCAAUAAAAGAAAUGGACAAUUUACUUGAAUAUUGCUUCUUAAAAGCUUGCAAAACUUCAAUAAAGCCUAGUGACUUACCAAUAUUAACAUCCAAUUUCUUUAAAAAUCAUUUAAUAGCUGCAUGUCCAUCAAAUAAAAAUAUAGAUAUAAAAAAAACUCGGUAUAAAAAAUUAUCCUUGUUUUUAGCAGAAAUGAAAACAAAGGGAGUUAUUAAUACCUCUGUUGUUAAAGGUGUUGAAAGUAUAUUAUCGAUUAAGUUUGAUCAUCCUCUUCUAAAAGAAUUGGUCAUUAUAGAGGAACCUACAUCAACCCAGGAGCCAAUUGUUUCCAAUGCGGCAGUUGUCUCUGAAUGUUAUAAAGUGACUGCCGAUGUUUUACCAGUACUAUCAAAAUUUGGAUAUGAAUUGAUUUUCUGUGCAGAGCAGAAGUCGACAACUGUUACAUCAUAUACCAUUAUGCUGUAUUAUAUGAUACGAAUUAUGUAUAUUUUACUCCCAUACAAUGAUUGCAGAAAAGGAGACAUUAUGAAAAGAGCUGAGAUCAGAAAAUGUUUUACUGAAUACGUGAAAGCAGAGAAUCUUCAAGAUGGAAGGAUACUGAAACUGAACCCGCAACUCGCAGCUAUUAUGAAAACUAAAGCGAAUGUGGAAACUGUAAUGAUGGAGGAUGGAAUAAACAAGUUUAUUGGACGUAUGACGCAUAUGCAUGAAGUUACUCUAGCAGGAAAUAAAUUGUUACACACGGGUAAAUUGGAACCUAUUGAUAUGAGAGUCACUGUUCGAUCCGGUGGUAAAAAGGUAACGCUAGUAAAUAAUUUGGAAACAUUUGGUAUAAAUGCUAAAGAAUUUAGCAAAGAAUGCCAAAAUAUUGGAGCGAGUGCAACAAUUACGGAUGAACCGGGGAAAAAAACUCCUAGUGUUCUAGUUCAAGGAAAUCAAAUUUUAUAUGUCUACAAAUUACUUACAGAAAAAUAUCAAAUUAAAAAAAACUAUAUAAGAGGAUUAGAAUUCGCUCCAAAGAAACAAGGUUCUCAUAAAAAAUAAGAUAUCUUUGAAUAGUUAUCACGCUAUAGAUGUGACAUGUUAUAUGAAAAAUUAUGUUAUAUAUGAUCUAUUUUUUUAUUUAUUUAAAUACCAAUAUUUCUCUGUCAUAAUUUUUUCAUUGUUUGAAAAAUUAUAUAGCAUUCAUAAUAUAGCGAGAAUGUAAAAUCCGUGAAUCAAUCGAUAUCCUUAUUGAAUUAGAAUUACUUAAUGUAGAAUCUCGUUAUAUAUGACGCUAUUAUAAUUAUUAUAAAAAAGCAUGCUAUUAUUUUUGUAUAUUUUUUCUUAAAAUAAUAAUUUUCAUUUAAUGAUUAAAUAUUAAAUAUACAAAAACAAUUUAUGAUAAUAUUACAACUCACAAAUAAAUCAUUCUCG